GUCUGCAACAGCCCAGCAUGCAAGCCAUUCUCAAAGCACCAGCGAGCAUGUCGUCGACCGUCAGCCUGACGGUCCCGGCGACCGCGACCAACGCCGUGCUGGCGCCCGGCGACUUUGUGGGCUUCGGCUUCGAGACGGCGUUUGUCAACGACUACGCCAACGACUUCUCCAACAAGCUGAUGAACUCGGUGGCCAAGCGGCUGCCCGAGACGCUCACCAUCCGCACAGGCGGCACCAGCGGCGACAUGCUGACCUACGAUCCGGGCCAGGCGGCCGUCAAGGUCUGCGUCUCGGGCGACUGUCCCAUCGGCUCGUCGGCCGCGUAUAUCCUGGGGCCGGCGUAUUUCGACGGCUUCGCCAGCUUCCAGGACUUCCACCUCAGCGUCCAGGCGCCGCUGGGGCCGACGGUCAACCUGAGCAACACGCUGGCCUACGUCGAGCUGGCGCUCGACCAGGUCGGCGACCGGCUGGCGGCCAUCGCGAUCGGCAACGAGCCGAACCUGUAUCCCGCCGAGUUUGGCGUCAGCUAUUCCAUCGAGCAGUACGUGGCAGAUGUCGAGCUGGUGCGGGCGAACCUCACCGAUGCCUUGGGGCUGAACGAGACGAUCUUCGAGCUGCUGGACAUUAGUGAUUUUGCAGAGACGGAUUCCACCACCAAGUUCACCAUAAUCAACACCUUCGAGCGAGGCAUCGACAGCACAGACAAUGCCAAGUUCGCCGCGACGCACUUCUACCAGAUCAAAACGGAGACCAGCACGCUCGCGCAGAUGCAGACCGACCUGAUGAACCACGCCGUCAUCGUGAGCAACAUCAGCGCCGGCGUGCCCCAGGACGUCGCGUACCUGGCCGCCAACUACCCGGCGGUGCAGUACAUCUUCUCCGAGACCGGGUCCGGCCUGACGACGCCGCGCGAGAUCCAAGACAGCUUCGGCGCCGCGCUGUGGUUUGUCGACUUCCAGCUGUACAGCCUGGUGUCGGGCGUGGCGCGCGUCGACGGCACCCAGCGCCCAGCAGCGAACCAUUCGCUCUGGGUGCCCGACGACUCGGCGGGAGACGUCAAUCCAGGCCCGCAGGUGCGCGCCCCCUUCUACGCCCAGCCGUUUGUCGCCGACUUCAUCGGCCUGGCGCCCGGCAACGUGCUCGAGAUCGACCUCGCCUCCGACUAUCUGGUCGCGUACGCCUCGUACAACGCCAGCACGGGGGCCGCCGAGAAGCUGGCCCUCAUCAACUUCAUCGCGUGGGCGGACGGCAUCAGCACCGCCAGUCGCGGCAGCGUCAGCUUCGCCGUCUCUGCCAGCGGGCUGCGAGACACCGUCCGGGUGCGCCGGCUGCGGGCAGAGGCCGGCUGUCAGGCCAUGGGAUACGACUAUGCCGGCCCGGAGCAGAACAUCACCUGGGCGGGCGAGCAAUGGAGUUAUUCGCUGGACGGGGGGGAGGGGCAUCUCGUCGCCAAUGUCAAUGUCUCGGAGGUUGUCGACGUCACGGAUGGGCAGUUUACCGUGCAGGUUCUGGAUAGUGAGGCUAUUCUGGUGGACUUGAUAUAGUAGCAUAAGUAUAUAGCAUAGUAGAAGAUAUAGGGG